AUGUGCAGCUCGUCUCCAGCCUUCAGCACGCUGCAGCGCAGCGGUCACCAUCAGCCAUUCAGCGAACUCCACACAAACCUCAAACCCGAGGCCCAUAUGCAACAAUUCCUCAUCCCCUGGACUGGCUCCCACACGCAGCAAGCUCAGCUCUACGUUGUCUCCAUGUGGGCGUCCAUCAAGCAGCUGGGACUUCUGUCACCCGGUGCAGGCCGGGCUGACCCUCUGCUGUCCCACCGAGGUCAGGGCACCCGCGCCCUGCAGCCCCGCGCUGCGCCGGAAGCCUCUGCCCGCCCCCUCCCCGCGCCGGGCCUUAUCUCGGCGCCCGGGGGACUGUGGGGCGCGAGCGGCGGGCGCCGGGAGGGAGCCGGCGGCAUGGGCCGGGGCUCGCGGGGGCUGCGGGGGCUGCGGGGGCUGCUGCGGCUGCUGCUGCUGCUCCGCCUGCCUCGCGGCGCGGGCGGAGAGGCGGGCGCCCACGAUAUAGAUGUCUGUGCCAUGUGCCACGAACAUGCCACGUGCCAGCAAAAAGAAGGGAAGUGGAUCUGCGUUUGCAACUAUGGAUUUUGGGGCAAUGGGAGGACACGGUGUGUUGAUAAAGAUGAGUGCCAAUUUGGAGCCGCUGUGAUCUGUGGGGACCACACAUCCUGCCACAACACGCCGGGAGGGUUCUACUGCAUUUGCCAUGAAGGCUACCGGGCCACAAACAACAACAGGACCUUCAUCCCCAAUGACGGCACCUUCUGUGCAGAUAUAGAUGAGUGUGAAGUUUCUGGCCUGUGCAGACAUGGAGGCCAGUGUGUCAAUACCCCUGGGAGCUUCGAAUGCUACUGCAAGGAAGGAUACUUGGCACAGAACGGGCCUGAGCCCUUCCAGCCAAGCACAGAUGCCACGUCAUGCACAGAAAUCGACUGUGGCAUCCCUCCGGAAGUCCCUGGGGGUUACAUCGUAGGAAAUUACAGCUCCACGCUGGGGGGCCAGGUCCAUUACAGCUGCAAAGAGGGCUUUCUCCGCAUCUCAGGAGAUAGAGUUUCACGCUGCACAGCCCUGGGCAUGUGGGAAUCUCCAAAGCUCCGUUGCCAAGAGAUCAGCUGUGGCAGUCCUCCUGCAGUUCAGAAUGCCAUCUUGGUGGGGAAUCACAGCUCCAGCCUCGGGGGUGUGGCUCGCUAUGUCUGUCAGGAGGGCUUUGAAAGUCCUGGAGGAAACAUCACUUCGGUUUGCACAGAGAAAGGCUCCUGGAGUGAAAGCACUUACACAUGCACAGAAAUAACGAUAGAAAUUCAUGAUGUGUCUAUGUUUAAUGACUCCUGUGUGAGGUGGCAAAUAAGCCCAGAGAGAGUAAGCUCCAAGAUCAUGUACAAGAUACACAUUGAAAGACAGCAGCCAGAUGCUGUGGAAUCCAUUCACGAGGAGACACUCAGUGUGACCACAGACAGCAGGACCCCAGAAGUGUGCCUCGACCUUCAACACCGUGCCAAUUCCACCGUGAGCAUUUCUGCAGCCCCUCCCUGGCGUUCUGUGCCCGCCAUCUUCAGAUUCCAGGUGGCUGAAGAUGAUCUCCUAGAAGAUGAUGGAAUUUUCAAUAUUUCAGUGUUUAAUGAAACUUGUUUGAAGUUGAACAGGCAUUCUAGGAAAGUUGGAUCAGAACAAAUGUACCAAGUGAGAGUUCUGGGCCAGAGGUGGUAUCUGGAGAACUUUUAUCACGCUGCCGUCUUUAACUUCACAACAGGAGACCAAGCUCCAGAAGUGUGUUUAGACCUGUACCCAGCCACUGAUUACAUGAUAAACGUCACCCUUCUGCAGCCCACAGAGCCACACUCUUCGCAAAUGACCGUAACAACCGCAGCAACAGCAAAACAGAUCAUCACUAAUAUUUCGGUAUAUAAUGAAACCUGCCUGAGAUGGAGAAGCCUCAAGACAGCCAAUAUAGAAGAGAUGUAUUUAUUCCACAUUUGGGGCCAGAGAUGGUACCAGAAGACAUUUGUUCAGGAAAUGGUUUUUAAUACCACCAGCAACAGCCAGGCCCCUGAGCUCUGCCUGGACCUGAGUCCAGGUACCAGCUACAAUGUUAGCCUUCAGGCUCUGUCUUCAGCACUUCCUGUGGUCAUCUACCUGACAACCCAGAUAACAGAGUCCCCACUCCCAGAGGUAGAAUUUCUCACUGUGCAUGGAAGGCCUCUACCACGCUUCAGGCUGAGGAAAGCCAAGGAGAUAAAUGGACCUAUCAGUUCAUAUCAGGUGUUGGUCCUUCCCCUGUCCCUGCAAAGCACAUUUUCUUGUGAUUCUGAAGGCAUGACUUCAUUUUUUGGCAACACCUCUCUUGCUGAUGGCUAUGUGGCUGCAGAAAUACUGGCCAGUGAUGUUCCAGAUGACACGUUGGAGAUCUCUGUUGGAGACAGGCUGUACUAUGGAGGAUAUUACAAUGCACCUUUGAAAACAGGAAGCGAUUACUGCAUUCUGUUACGGAUCACAAGCGAAUGGAAUAAGGAGAGAAGAUACUCCUGUGCUGUCUGGGCGGAGGUGAAAGAUUCGUCACUCACACCGCAGCAGAUGGUGGGUGUUGGACUGGGCUCCGUGGCUUUUGUGACCAUUCUUGCAUUCCUAUCCUUCUCAGCAGUGUGAUGGCUGGUGGGCUCUGCUUGGGAACACUGACCUGAUGAUGGACAGAUGUGCUGACAACUUCUCAGGUGCCUCCGUUGUGUGGCUCCCCACCUGAGCCCAUGUUUGGACCAGAAACUUUCUCCCUCCCAGCAUGACCGCAUUCCUGAAUUCAAGAUGGCAACCAUCUCUGUGGAAUCUUCCAAGAGGAGAAAACUUGGGAUCCUGCUUUCUGGACCAGUUGUAUGUCCAUGAACUUGAGAUUCAUGUCCAAUGUAAUACUGACCACUGGCCACAGGCCCUAGGAGCCAGCCCUGUAAACACUGGACGUGCACAGGCCACAGACUCUGAGAGUCAGCUCCCAUAGCUGCCGGAUGUGGAACCUCUACACCUCCUGUUAGGCACCUUUGUUAGUUAGUUCAGAAUCCAUCUGUCACAGUAGGUAAUGAGAUGGGCUUAAGUCUGGGCUAGAAUUUGACUUUAGGAAGAAGGUCACUGGAUAAAGGACACCGACAUGAAUAAAUGUUUCAAACAUUUUACAAGUAGCCCCUUGCCUGUACCAGAAAAUACAAUAGCCUGGUCAGUCUCUCAAGUUCCCUGCAUGACCGUUAGGCAGCAUUGUUUUGAUGCAAUUUCAAUUGUUUAUGUGAGAUCAAAAUGCCUGCUUUCCAGCAAGACGCGUUCUGUAAUUCUGACCAUUCUCUCUUUAGUUAUCAUUCUUUGUUCGUACUCAUUAUCUAUAAAAUUGUUCUCUGCCUCCCUUAAGAAAUUUGGGUUUGGUGAUAAAGUAGGAGCAGUGGGCUCAUGGUCAGCCUCCGCACGAGUUUUGGGAGAUAACGGUGACUCACAUACCUUACCUACACUUCGGAAGCGGUGACUGAGACAGUGCGUCAUGGCCUGUGAAAGCUGGCUGUAGGCGGGGCCGGCCUACUGUCCAUAUGGUGAAUAUACAGGUGAAAUGUAUUCAGUUUGGCUUUUAAACCCAGCUGGUGUCCUUCAGCUUCUUGUCUAAAGACAGCUCAACUCCAAGGCUGUGGCUUCUCUUUCCCUUCCCCCUCCUUCGAUUGGUAGGCCUAUAGAAUUAAAAGCAUGGGGAAGGAAGUGCGGCGCUGGUUACAUGGUAGAACCUUAGGGUGGAACCCGUGAGAAUGUGGUCCUGGAAGUGCGCACCACCAGCGCUGUGGCUGGCGCGUUCUCUGCUGGCUUUCAGGGUGUUGGUGACCUCCUGGUGACCUGGUGCUGUGUGUGGUUAGUCUCCACAAAACUCAUGGUGAAAUUGGUUGGGGUAGGACCUUUAGUGGCUGACUUGAACAUUAGAGACAUUAGUGCCUUUCUUAUGGGACUGGCUUAGUUACCAGAAGAGCACGUGGCACCCAUGAGUCAGUCUACCCUUCCUUCUGCAUUCCACUCUGCUUUGAAGGAUCACGAGACCCUCAUCAAAAGUCCCGAAGAUGCGGUGCCAUGCCCUUGUGCUGUGCAGGCUCCUGAAGUUAUCGUCCUUUUUGUUUUUUUCAGAAACCACUGAUGCUCAGAUUAAAAUACCAUCAGACUGUCCUUAAAGCUGCUCCAACCUGGGGGUGGGGUGGGGGUGGGGAGUGUUCUGCUUAACUGGGAAAAGUCCAGCAGAGGGAGGCAGCACCCAGAUACCUGUGUCCUCUGUGCCAGCCGACGGCCCUUGCUACUACUGGCACCCUCUGUCCUUUGAAUUACCAACCCUACACAACAACUUAGGACUGCCUUUUCUACAGCUCUCUAGAUUUGCACUCUAGAAAAACUGUCCAAGACAGAGUUGCCUACAUGGGGGCUUGGAAAAUUUUCCACUGAAAGGAGGAAAUCUCGGUUCAGGUUAACUGAUGAAAUGUUAAGUAAACUAUCAGCUUGUAGCACAGUGUAGAAAUAUUAGAGGAGUUCAUCUACAGCCACAAAAAUAGCAAACACACAUACUUGGUUAUUUCCUUCCUUGUCCCCAAUCACGACGUGGAGUCUCCGUGCACACAGGAGCAGCAGGCGGUGGGCGUGCGCAAAAGCCGUGCUUCAUCUUUCUGCCGUUCUUUCUAAGUAGUGUUCCCACAGCGUGAAGAAGGCAUCUUUGUACUGUAAUACCUUUUUUCCCCUCCGUGUCUGGAUUCCCAGCCAACAGGAGGAGCGACCCUUAGGAGAUACAUAGGUGUCCUUGGAAAAACAACUGAGAAAGGAGAAACUCUGUCUGCCAUGGUGCUGAGCUGGCUUGUGAGUCCCACUAACUAAAGCUAGGUCUCGAGGCAGAGAGGCGGCUCAGGCUGACGGCCAAGACGGAGGCUGGGACUCACACAGGGGAAGGAGAGAACUCAUUCUAGCAAACUGUCCUCUGAAUGUCACCUGUGCUCCAUGUCAUGUGCAUGCCCACACAUAUAUCCACAUGUAGGUGCACACAAAAUAAAAUUAAUUUAAUUUAAAAAAUAUAGCUAAAGCCUAAUGCAGGGGUGGAGGAAAGUUCUCUCCCUCAUGACUGGUCUUGGGGCUGUUUAGAUCUGGCUUUGUAUUUUCUUCCAGAUUGGGAAUUGGAAUUGAGGCUCUGCUCAGUCAUGGAACAUGCUUGCUUUGGGCUAGUGUAGGUUUUUGUUGUUGGGGUGUGUGUGUAUGUAGUUGGUGGGUGUGCCCUUAGCUGUACAGCAGGCACCUAUUCAUCCAUCCUCACAAGGUUCUGUGUGGCAGGAAGUCAGGGGUCUGUGGUUCCUAUUUUAAAGGGAGAAACGGGCGGGCCGUGAUGGUGCAGGCCUUUUUAUCCCAGCCUUUGGGAGGCAGACCUAGGCGGAUUUGUGGAACUAGUUCCAGGACAGCCAGGGCUACACAAAGAAACCCAGUCUUGAAAAAAUAACAACAACAACAACAAAAGGGCUUGGCAGGGUGUGGGGGUUGGGGAAGGAGAAACAGAUGCAGACAGAUUUCUGACUUUUAAUGCAAGUCUAGUUUUCUUCCCUGCCAUUUGCUAGCCCUUGAAGUAGCCACUGAGGUAAUUUGUAGACUACCUCUUUGGUCUUGGGAAAGCCAUGUCUUUCUAUCUCUAAUGUCAUGUCAAUUUUAAACUGUAUUACCUUAUUAUGAGUCUCCACAUUACCUAGACAGGAGUCCCUGUGCCGCCCUUUUGACUGUUGAGUUCCACCACCUGUCACUUCCAGAAGGAGCCACAAACAACCAAGAAAAUGAAUAUGAGACUGAUUAGGGAUAGCAGAACAGUGUUUUCUGUCGAAGGUCGGAACUGCAGCCCUUGAGGUAAGCCCAGAGCAGUGGUGUGUUUCUCUUGAAAUUCCAAGGCAGCUUGGAAUAAAGUUAAUAUUUAAAUGGGUUUGAGAGGAAGUGAAAAGCAAUGCCUGAAGAGCAUGGUGGUGCCUCCUGAGCAGAGGCAGCCCAGUGAGUUCAAGGCCAGCCUGAUCUACAAAGCAAGUCCAGGACAGCCAGGGCUAACACACAGAGAAAUCCUGUCUCAAAAAAACAAAACAAAACAAAACAAAAAAACAAAACAAAAAAAAACCCAACCAACCAAAACAAACAGCAACAACACAAACAGUGCUCAGUGAACCCUUUUCAAUGCUGAACUUGCAUCUUGAUUUUCAAAAUCUUCUAUUUUUUCUAUUCUCUUCUAGAAAAGCCCUGGUCAUCAUUGUCUAAGGCCAGGUGUUUGUUUCUAAAGGGAGAGAGGACAUGGGUUUCAUGUUCAGGUUUAUGCAGUGAAGGGUGCAAGAAAGGAGACCAAUUUCCAAAGAUUUAUCUUCUAUGAAUGAGUAUCUGCGUGCAUGUAUGUCUGUGCACCAGGAGAAUGUCGGAAGAGGGCGUCAGACCCCCUGGGACUGCGUUGUGGGUGGUUAUGAGCCACCACGUGAGUUCUGAGAACUGUGUUUUGGUCCUCUGCAAGAGCAGCAAGUGCUCUUAACCCCCACCAAUUUUCUAGCCCACAGCAAAUCCCUUUUUAAAAGCAUUGCAUGCUCCGGGUGCAGAGAGAAUGGGCCUGUGGCGGCCCGUGGCGCUGAGUCUUGACACCCUACCUUUUAUUUAAGAGCGCGCCACUGUGCAUACACACUUAGAGUUUUUCCGGCAUGCAGCUAUUACUUAGACUAAAUUUACGGGAGUAAGGUCGUUGGAAUAAAAACUGUCUGUGCUUUGCACUGAACUACACAUGCCGGUGAAGUGCCAUCGGGAAGUCAAUUCACGCUUUCUCCAGCAGAAAGCCUCAACUCCCGCGGCUGCUGUUGGUGCCCCUCAUCUUGGUGCCUCUGGGAGGUGGAGAGUUUGAUGUUUUCUUGCAUCUCUUGACAGCUCCACAUGCUGGCUAGCCCUCUGUAGUUCAGUCUCUGGGAACCUUUUUUCUUCAUAAGGCACGUGCCUUUUACUGAUUGAACAAACUCUCGAUGGAGCUGCAGAGGUGGUCCAGGGGAUAAGAGCACACGUGGCUCUGGCAAAGGCUCCAAGCUCUGUUCCCAGCAUCCACGUCUUACAGUUCACAGUCACUGUGACUCCAGAUCUGGGGAAGCCCAGUGCCUCUGGCUUCUGUGGAAACCUGAACCCACACGGAUCACCCUCUCCCCACAAACAUUUUCCCCAAAAAAGCUUUUUAUAUCAUUGUGAUUUUAAUGCUUACCUGACAUAUAUUUCAUUAGCUUUUUCCCAGUGUGUCAUUUUUAAAAAGGAUAAUAUUGUUUUAAAAUUUCAUUUGUGCUAUGUAUCAUCACACAAAACCUUCAUAGUUGUAAAGUCAAAUGUAUCAGUCAUUUCCCUUUAAAUUGCCUUGAGAAUAAAGAGUCUACAACACCA